AUGGCAGCUACAAUGGCUACAUCAAUGGCUAUCCUCAACCCCAAGAGCUUCACCAUCACAAACUCCAAAACCACCACAAAGCCCACCAAGCAAAUCUCCCUUAUCUCCCUCCAAAACCUACAAAAGGGCCUCUCCGCCGCCGCCAUGGCGCGCCCUGCCGACUCAAUCUCCGGGGCCGCCCUCGCUGGCGCCGUGUUCUCCGCCCUCUCCGCUGCGGAUCCCGCCAUCGCCGCCCAGCAGCUGGCGGAGAUCGCCGACGGCGACAACCGCGGAAUCGCGCUAUUGAUCCCGCUGGUUCCCGCCGUCCUCUGGGUGCUCUACAACAUCCUACAGCCGGCGCUGAACCAGAUAAACCGGAUGAGGAGCUCCAAGGGCGUGGCUAUCGGGCUCGGGCUGGGCGGGCUCGCCGCGAAGGGGUUCCUCCACCCGGCGGAGGCCUCGGCCGCCGUGGCGGAGGCCGCAGCGGACAACCGGGGUCAGCUGCUGCUGUUCGUGGUGGCGCCGGCGAUCGCGUGGGUGCUGUACAACAUCUUGCAGCCGGCGCUGAACCAGAUUAACAGAAUGAGGUCAGAUUGA